ACCAUAAAUAAAUUAUCCAAGGCCAUCGAAACUUCCGAGAGAAAGAGAUCCUGCUGCAGUUGCGUAGAAGCUGCCGAAUACACAAGUCACCGUAUCUAGUAGAGAGGGUGGCCACAGAACUCAGGAUUUGUACUAAAUAUGUGAAAUCGAGUGUGAAUAAUACAAGCGUGAUCCCCAAUUAUGUGCCACUUUAAAAUCAACAGUUAAUGUUCAUCUUUCAGCAGGCCAAUCGGCUAUCCGCCGGGUAUUUUUGAUGUAAUAAAUCGGCAAAGAAAAUUAAAACUGCGCAUCAUGUAUUCCAAAAUCAGUGAAAAGGAAUCUAGAAGACAACCGUGAUAAGUUUAAUUACUCAGAACCACAUAUACUAUUUUAAUAUGCCCAGUUUGCUGGGCUUCUUCAGUCGGAUGCGUUUCAAUACCACACCAAAAUGGAGUGUGUUGCUGCUGGGUGUAUUCUCAUUGAUAUCGGCCGUGAUUAUUGUGAUCCUUUGUAGCCAAAACCGUCAUUUUCAGAAGUCAGGCAAAGAGUCUCCGCUGUGCUCUGGGAAUUUACUGGACAAUCGGGAAUACCACUUUGCCAAACAAGCUGAUGGAUCGUACGAUAACAGUCGAAUGAUGAUUUCCAAAUUGGGAUCGUGUCGGCUUACUCGUUAUACUUUUAAACAAGUUGUUGGCUGUAUUGAUUCGCUUUAUGAGCGACAUUACUCAGCCCGGAAUUCAUCUAAUAAUCAGAAUUUAUUCAAAAGACCCCAAAAGAAUUUGCAUUUUGCAUUUAUAGGCGAUUCUAGAAUACGACAACAAUUUUUCAACUUCAUCAAGUUGAUUCCAGACUACGAUCAUAAAUCAGUACCGAGACCACUUCCAUUUUUUGGUUACCACGGUAAUAUGGAAGUUACAAGUGAAAUACUGAGACUGCGAUUAUCCUUUCAAUGGCGACCUCUUAUUAAUGACACGGUCAUCGAUACGAUACGCCAGUGGGCAACUGACAGUGAAACUGAUCGACCAAACUUGACUAUUUUAGGUGUUUCUGUGUGGCACAUGCUGCAAUCCCAAGGCGCCGAUUUCAAAUUUUACCAAAAACAAUUACAGCGACUCGCUCCAUUCCUCAGCCAGUUGGCAAAUGUCAGCAAAGUAAUUUGGCUUAAUCAAUACCCAGUCGUGGAAAAGUUUGGAAGCACUGGCGCUAUGAACACGGACAUAUUUUCGGAUAAGAUCCAUCAGUACAACGAAGCCGUUCGGUCUAAACUGCAGAGUUACCCAGAUAUGCGAAUCAUAUGGGAUUCAAGUAAUCCAUUAGUUGAGGAAUACAUCCGUGGUUGCGGUCUUUUUCGAGAGCGCUUGCAAUAUGGGAUGUAUAUCGACUCAGAGCCAGAUUAUUCGUAUAUUAACUGCAACGAUUUCACACACCCAGGUUAUUCAGCCUUAUCGCAAGCCACUCAACUUCUUCUAAAUGAUCUUUGCGAAAAAUAAUAUCCUAGCUAUAACAUUGGAAUAAUACAGGCGUUCAAUUUUUUUUUAAAUACAUCUUUUUUAAAACCCA